ACCCUUCUGCCUACCUGCAACAUUCUAAUGUAAUAACCCCAUCUUGGUAUAUAUCUUUCACUCUUUUGAGAAAGCAUCCAAUUUUCCAUUUUUUAGGGUUUACUGUGAAACCAAGUUAUUAAGGACAAUGGAUGUUGAACUCCUGAGGUGCAGUCCAGUUGACCAAAUGGAAAUGAUUAUGGCACAGUUCGAAACAAGACUACCGGAAUUCUACCCUCAAAACAAGCUCAUCGACGACGGAAGUAGCAGCUCCUCUUCCAACCCUGCAGCUGUUAACACGUCGUUUUUCAUGGAAGACUCGCAUUUCAGUUCAAUCACUCCAUCGGCAGCCAACGUUUCAUUUACGGCUCGAUCCCCAGUCGUUGAAAAGGAAUCGUUGUCAAGUUGGAGGAAGAGGAAAGUUGGCGAAAGUCAUUCCAAGGUGGUGCAGAAGCGGAAUAUGGCGGAGAUGAGGGAGAUGUUAUUCAAGAUAUCGGCGCUCCAACCGGUUGACAUUGACCCUGAAUCGGUGAAACCGCCCAAGCGGCGGAACGUGAAGAUAUCGAAAGACCCACAGAGUGUGGCGGCGAGGCAUCGGAGAGAAAGGAUUAGUGAGAGAAUUAGGAUACUGCAAAGACUUGUGCCUGGUGGAACCCAGAUGGAUACGGCCUCCAUGCUCGAUGAAGCGAUUAAUUACAUGAAGUUCUUGAAGAACCAGAUCCAGUCGAUGGAAAAAGCCGACGUCAACCAUCCGGUGGCGGUGGCAAGGAUGAAUUUUCCGGUGACUAUUGCAAAUGGGAGCUCAGUACUCCCAUGGGAACACCAGCAAAGGAUUAAUUAUUUACAGUAUGGUUAAUUAGCUAGAUUUUGAUGAUGUUAAAUUUGAAAUAUUUAUAAAUAAUUAUUGAUAUUACUAAAUGAAUUAUGUUUAGAAUGAAGGUUAA